ACAAUACACAAUUACAAUUAAAAUUUAUAUCAUAAAAAUGUGGAUGAAAAGAAAUAGUUAGAGGUUAGGGGUGUAUAAAAAUACAAUCACAAUUGUAUUGUUACGGUAAUCUACCACUUGACAUCAAUCUAAUUUUAAAAACAACACUGAGGGUAUUUUGAUAUGUUCAGUUAUACUUCUCCACACAACUUCACAAAAUGUUUUCAGUAUCAUCCUGUGUGUAAUAUAAACAAACCUUGAAUCAAUUUAUGUUGCUGGCACUUGCGUCAGCAGCUAUUGAAACAAUGAAGCCAGAGAAUAUCGUUAUAAUGAAGCCGGCAAUCUUAGUAACGGGAGGUGCUGGGUACGUGGGUUCCCAUACCGUAGCUGCGCUCCUCGAGAAACCAAACACAGAUGUAGAGGUCGUUGUAGUCGACAAUCUCUCAAACGCGUACAGAUCUGAAGGACAGAAGAAACCAGAAGCGAUAAAGAUUAUAGAAGAAUUGACUGGGAAGACGAUACAUUUCUAUGACGUUGAUAUUAGAGAUGCGAAUGCUUUACGAGAAGUUUUUGAAAAGCAUGACGUAGCAUGCGUGAUCCACUUCGCGGCGCUGAAGGCAGUGGGUGAGUCUGUGCAGAAGCCGCUCGAGUACUACCAGGCCAACAUAACUGGCACAUGCACACUAUUCGAUGUAAUGCGUGCAUUCGGCGUAUACAAAUUAGUGUACAGUUCAUCUUGCACGGUAUAUGGAGAGCCGGAGUCGUUACCGUUGGGCGAGGGUCACCCUACAGGCCGCGGCCUCGCAAGUCCCUACGGCAAGUCUAAGUACUUCUGCGAGGAGAUCAUGAAGGAUAUAUGCAGGAGUGAUAGGAAAUGGUCGGUGAUAUCUCUGCGGUACUUUAACCCAGUUGGUGCACAUCGCAGCGGCCGCAUUGGUGAGGACCCUGCUGGUGUACCCAACAACCUCAUGCCCUUCAUAGCUAAGGUGGCGGUGGGUCGUUUAAAAGAGCUGCAGGUGUUUGGAGCUGAUUACCCCACAAUAGACGGUACUGGUGUUCGAGACUACAUCCAUGUGGAAGACCUCGCGGAUGGCCACGUCAAGGCCAUCAAACUCUUCAGCCAGACAGGAUUUAAUGGCUUUCAUGCUGUUAACUUGGGUACCGGCACUGGUUACUCAGUGUUACAGAUGGUUAAAGCAUUUGAAGAAGUCAGCGGUAAGAAGAUACCUUACAAGAUAGUCGGGAGACGAGAUGGAGACAUCGCCGCAAACUACGCGGACGUCUCGCUCUCGCACAGGAUGCUGGGCUGGCGUGCGACAAGGACGCUGAGAGAUAUGUGCGCCGAUACAUGGCGCUGGCAAAGUAACAACCCAGAUGGAUAUAAAUCUACAUAAAUAUA